AUGCCGACGUCACCAUCAGUAAACCGAAAGUCCCCUACGAUACGGCGUAUUCUCCGAGAAGCCGCAGAGCUCUCAGGAUCCAUCUCACCUGACUAUACUGCUGUUCCCCUCGAAGAAGACCUAUUUGAAUGGCAUUUCACUCUCCGAGGGCCGCCAAAUUCAGCAUACGGCGAGGGUAUAUAUCAUGGCAAGAUAAUCUUGCCUCCAACAUACCCCCUUCGCCCGCCGACGUUCAAAUUCAUGACCCCAAGUGGUCGAUUUGAAGUAAAUAGCGAAAUAUGUCUGAGUAUUAGCGGCCACCAUGAAGAAACAUGGCAGCCAGCAUGGGGUAUUCGUACUGCACUUGUCGCAUUACGUACCUUUAUGGAAACGAAUGCAAAUGGUCAGGUUGGAGGGCUAGAGACGACAAACUCAGCGCGCCAGCAAUUUGCUCUCAAGUCGGCAAAGUGGACAUGUACCGUUUGCUCCAAAUCGAAUGCCGACAUCAUAAAAGAAUGCGAGGAGUUGUAUGCAGCUACAUCUGAGUCGUCUGGAACGACUAUAGAUGACACAGUACCUGAGGAGCUAAGGAUGGUGAUGAAAGACGAUCUAAAGGAAAGCGCAGCAACAAGCGCUCCAUCCUUCGAGAGCAACUCACAAUCUAGCACAUCUAGAGAAGUGAUUGAACCAGACACAGAAGCCGAUAUCGUACAGCCGUCAAUGCCGCGCCAGCGACCUCGAACCGCAGUUGUUGCACCAAAUACUAGUGCGCCUAGAGCUUCUCCAACGCCGCUAGUCGCUCCCCAGAAUAAUGCGACUAGUCCACCGAUACCUAUUUGGAUUGACAGAGCCAUUGUAAUUCUCGCAAUUUUUCUUGCAGUCUUGCUUUUCAAGGUCAUAUUUGCUCUAUAG